AUGUCUGGACAAAAUAGUGCGAAUCCGUGUAAUAAAUUCCAAGCCAACAUUUUUUAUAAAAGUAAAUGUCAGAACUGCUUCAAGUCUCAGGAGCUGCAUCUUCCGACUGAUCAUUGUAAGGACCAGGUAAGUGAACAAACACAUUUUAUGUUUUUAUAGUUUUAAUACUUUGGCUAUUAGUCUUCUGAAUGUUGAUGACAGAUAGGCAUGCACUCAAUGUUAUAUCAGACAGAGACAUUCCUUCAUAUUGUGUCAGGUAUCACGUUCAUUAGUGAAAUUGAAUGAACAGACACAAUAUCUUACAUGUUGUAGAAAAUGAACCAAUUUGACUGAAUGGCCCCAAUGCAUGAGUCAAAUAUUUGUCACCACAUGCCUCACACACUUUUGUAAAGAGACCUCAACUGUCAGCACUCAGCAUGCCAUAUGUUACAACAGGUUAUUAUUCUUUCAGAAAACAUAUACACCAUUGCUAUCUGGUCCUUUUGUGCUCAUCUCUGUGUGCCUUGUACAUUUAGAGCCAUUGUUCAAUGGGCCUCAGCUAAGUAAGCUCCUGUUUUAAAGCAUCUGAUUCAGGUGUGAAGGUUAAGUAUAAAGUAUUCAAGUCUGUUGGAAUUUGGUUUUGAGGAAAGAAUUGUCUCAUGUUGAGAAGCUAUCUCAUGUUGAGAAGCACUCAUAACACAAGGAACAACACUCUCUGACUAAGAGUUGAGUAAGUUGAGUAACUGGCAGAGAGUCAGAACAUUCCAGUCUUUGGGGACAUCUCAAAUAGAGCAGUUUAUCUUCUCUUUUCCAUGUCAACAAGAUUACCCCUGCCUCUUAUUUCUGACCUAUUGCAUGGACAUACUUAAUAUGUUGACACAUUUUGUAAAUGCAGCAUAGCACUAUAAGAACACUGAAGCACGAACUGGCACUGGCUAAACCAACAUGAACAUUCCCUAAAAAUAUAGGAUUGUUAUUCCUUUGUCAUUCAAAACGUGAAUGAAAGAGUAUUGAUGCUCCCUGCCAGAAAAAGCCAAGCUCCAUAGGAUGGCAUAGAAAAACUAUUUCAUGGGAUAGAACCUUCACAGGUUAAGAUCAAGUAGGCUUAUUUGAGAUCAGAUCCUGAGCAUUUUGCAUCUCAGAGGACCCAACUCAUUUCUCCUUGUGUUCCCAUUCUUGACAGGCCAAACCCAUCUAUGGAGGCUGGCUCUGCUUGGCUCCUGAGGGGACAGACUUUGACAAUCCAAUUCAGAGGUCAAGGGUAAGAGAAUGAAAAUAACGUUCUAUUCUUGGACUAUGUUGUACACAAAUAUAUCAAUCGUACUAGACUAUAUUCUGAUAAACCUACAAGUUAUUCAAUAUUUUAACAUUAUCCAUAACAACUCUAUCUCUAAAUGGCAGAAAUGGCAGCGUCGAUUCUUCAUCCUGUAUGAACAUGGCAGCUUGAGCUUUGCACUGGACAAGUUGGUAAGAGAUUCUGUAUUUGAACACACACCAAAAAGCUAAGCAAACUAGACCAGCCAACAUAAAUAGAGGUGAACUACAGUAAAUUGUUCUGAUGUAUGUUUUAAUGUGUUAUGAGUGGAUUCACUGCAUCUUUUGGCCAGAUGUUGUGUGUAGCACCAUAGCAGAUGACUUGGGCUUAAUCUCUCCUCUAAUGCCACAUCCCCCUCUCCCACUGAUCUUCUGAAACCUCCUCCUCUGCUCUCUUUCAUGUCACUCUAUAUAGCCUAUAUUAAAACUCAGUUGCAACGGGUAACGUCUUGUUCAUGAUGACCUUUAACCCUCCAAAUAUAAUUAUAUAUCUUUUGUUAUAUUUAAAGAUGGUGUACCAAAGAUACCAUGAAUAGCAUCAUAAUCUGUGCCAGAAUUUCCAGUCAGACAAAAUGAUUGACAUUGUGUAUCUUUCCUUUAGACAAGCACUCUGCCACAAGGCACAGUGAACAUGAAUCUGUGUACAGAGGUGAUUGACGCAGAGCCUAAGACAGGCCAGAAGAACGCUUUGUGCGUCAUCACACCUGAACAGGAGUUGUUUAUCCGGGGGGAGAACAAGGAGAUCAUCAAUGGGUCAGUAAUACUUAUUUGAUAUUACAGUGUGAUAUGAUAUCACUCCUGACUUAACUUCUCUGAUAUUACAGUAUGAUACGGUAUCACUCCUGACUUAACUUCUCUGAUAUUACAGUGUGAUACGGUAUCACUCCUGACUUAACUUCUCUGAUAUUACAGUGUGAUACGGUAUCACUCCUGACUUAACUUCUCUCCCCUGACUAACUUCUCUGAUAUUACAGUAUGAUACGGUAUCACUCCUGACUUAACUUCUCUGAUAUUACAGUAUGAUACGGUAUCACUCCUUACUUAACUUCUCUGUAAAUUCUAGUAUUUGAUGGACAAUACUUUGAAUCCCUGUCCUGUCCGUGUUGUUUUGCUUUUACCAGCUGGAGUGAACAACUAGUUGUUUACCCACGGACCUAUAAGCAGAAUCAGAAGAAGAAACGUAAAGUAGAACCCACUACUUCCCAGGUGACAACUUCUUCUUUUCAUAACAUUGUGACCAAGAUACCUGGUCACCGGUGGCCUAAAUACAUGUUUGAAAAUACUGCAGAAAAAUAUGUCAACGAUGUGUUAUGCCUUUACACAUUAUGAUAAUGAAGAUGUUAUUGUGUUCCAUCAGGAGCCCAGCCCAGCAAAGAUGGCUGCCACUGAGCCCAGUUUCUCAGUCAUGGAAAGUGGUGACCCUCGCUCCAGCCUGUGGCAGGGAAAGCGGCCUGGUGAGGGUCCGGAUGCGGCCCCUGUCUGGACUGUGACAGAUACUGAUCCCCCGGGCCAGGACGAGACCCCUGCAGGUGUGGAGGAAAGACACCAGCCAACACACAUACACACACACACUCAGACAGGCUUUUAUGUCUGUCAGACAUUCACAGCCAUUUCCUGCCCUCUAACACUGUCUUAACUUCCUGCAGGUGGUCAUGCAUACAGGAUGAGAAAGUUGGCCUUUAUUAGUGGACAGAUUCAUUACCAGUGUAGUAGUGUUAUUGAAAGACUGUAGAAAAGGAUGCAAGGCUCAUGGUAAACAAUUCUCUAAUAUAUUUCACAGACACAACUAAGAUGAAUUAUGCGAGCAGAGCAGACAUUUCUCUUAAUAGCGGUCAUGUGAUGAACGGUAAGUGCACACUAACUAUGUGGAGGCAGACUUAUUGGUGUGUCUGGACCUAGGUUAUAACAGAGAGCAGGACCAACUCCUGUAGUGCAGACUGCCUGUAGGGGACUUCGUUAGGCUGAUGUAGGUUACAGAUAUUAGAGCUGCUUUUCCAUGGCUUGGGAGCAGAUGAAACGGAAAACAAACUAUAUGCAUCUCUUUAAUGAGUUGUGGUCCGCUAGGUGCAACUUUGGAGUGACACUAUGUAGUGGUGUCCCUCAAAUGUCUACUAUGGUCAAAGGUGACACUUCCUUAGAUGGGAGACAUUAUAGUGACUAUCUGACCAUAUUCCUCAUAUAACAAGUCUUAAAAGUUAGAUUUUUCAGAACAGGAUUCUCAUAAAAAUCUUGCCACUGUCCUGCUAUUUGUGUUUCGGUCCACAAGCAAUGACCUGCAGUAUCACGCAAAACAUAGACCUAACCUGUGCAGUCACUGAGAAAAGUGUCUGAAAACAACCCUCUUUAUUUAAUAAAUCUCCUCAGGUCAUGAUCCCCACUACCUCCCUUCAGCCUCCAGUGACUCCCUGACCUUUGACAGUAGUCUGCGACUCUCCAACGGCUCCUGCAUCAGUAGCUCUGUGAGUUCCCUGGACUCUGUGGCUAGCGAGGGGACUGACACCAGCAGCGACAGCCAGCCCACAGAGCCUACGCCAUACAGAGGCCUCCUACCUGCCAACAAGAACAACAGGGCAGAGAGAAGGUGAGAAUCAUGGAGCAGAAAUGUAAUCAGUUGUGUCUGAUAUUGGGAGAUCUAUAAUGAACGCAACGUUCUUGGACAUUAGUUGAAAUGUUAUUAAUUUUGGUUUUGUAUUUGUUGUGUGUCGUCAUGCAAAUGCUAACAGGCAUAAAACUGGUUUGGCAGGGGCUAGGACCAAAUGUGCUAGCAAUUAGCACUAAAGGACAGCAGAUGCCUCCCUGUUUCUCUCUGUAUAAAAUGGUACACACAUUACACACAGCCCAACAGCACAUCAAAGACCCAUAUCCUUCCAUUAGGGAGGAAACGCUUUUUAAAUUUAGCUUAUAGAAGCACUCCCAGUUUGUGCCCUGACUAACAGAAUAUAUAGUAUUUGGGCUAUGUGACGGGAAUACCUCCUUGGUCUGUGUGUUUCAUUCAUUGCCUUCUAGGGACAGACAGAAUCCUUGCCCCGAAUAAGGCCUUGAAAUUCCUAAAGGAUUGUAUAAUUAGAUAUUUUUCAGGAAUUCUAUUUCUGAGUUCCUCACAAACUGCCAGUCAACAGAAAGUAGGAGAAAUGUCAAGGCAAGACAUUAUACUGACUGAGGGCACAGUAUUAUGUUUGUGCCAACUCAUACAGAUACACACAUGCCUCAACAGGAAUUUACCAUCCCUGUUAUAACAGGAGAGAUGCUACACCCUCAGUUUAUUAGAUAGUAUUCGCUUUUGUGGUUAUAUAUACAAAAUUUCAAUAUCAGAUUCCUUCUAGGGAAUUCCAUCUAUGUAAUAUCUGCUCUCUUUCUAAACAAAACAUGACACUGGAGGUGAGGAUGUCACUUGAACUUCCAACUCAACAAUAGCACUAGAUGGAUGUAGGUGACAUGGAUGUCAUCAGGCUAGGCCCAGCUUGGGAGUACAGAGCAAGCGGUGGUGACAUAAUUCAUCUGUCAUCCUGACGUUGUUCCUGCUGGAAGUGAUGUCACAGCCCACCUGUGAUGGGCCAUGGAGGACGCCAUGGCUGUUUGUUGAAUGACAGACCUGAUUUUCCUGCUUUUCAGCUGCUACAAUGAGCCAGGGAAGGCUGGGAGGUGUGCUGUGGGAGAGGACCUGGGUCAGGCUGGAUCCAGGAAGGGCAGGAGUGAAGCUCGCAGCAACCAGAGAGAGGUAUUAGUCACACCAUCCCAGUCUUUUUACACUGCAAUCAGUCCUCCCAGUCACUCCCUGUAAGGCUUGUCACAUUCCUCCACUUUAACACCAUCACUCGAACCACACCUCAUAAUCCAAAGAGUAACCAUAGCAUUUAAGAAUAACAACACCUGUUACCCACCAGGAGGGCCCAAGGCAAGCAUUGCCCUUUUGGCAGACCCCUUUAGGACAGUGUCCAAUGAAUACACAUAUAGAUUGGUAUUUUACACAUCAUUGAUGGAGUCCAUCAUUGUUAAGGUAAUGUACACAUGCACACCGCACAUCUGGUCCCGCUAGUUCUCCAUUGGACUUGUUUGGACAUGACUCAUAAGACCAGGUGUUGGAGAGGCAAAGACGUCACCUCACACGUUUCGGCCCUGGCCUGAUUGCAUAGUGUGUAAGGCUCAUGGACAGGGAUGAAGCGGUACUCUUACAUUCCACACUGUCAGGUGUGUGUGUGUGCCACAUGUGUCAAUGUAUGUGUGUGUGUCAACACUGUCAGGUGUGUGUGUGUGCCACGUGUGUCAAUGUAUGUGUGUUUAGUUCCGUACCGAAAUGCAGGUGAUGAGAGUUUGGCAUGGCUAAGUCAGUCCUCCCAUCAGCCGUGUUGAGGCAUGUGUUAGUGUGAGUAAGACAGAGAGAAGAAGGUGAAUAAUUCACUACUGUGUUUUGUUCUCUAACUAAACUGGUUUUAAUGUUCUGACGGGGCUCCAUCUGCACUUCAUGUUGUGUGUUGUAAUCUCAGAAUGGCAUUCCUCUUAGACACAUUUUCCAUGUACCCUAAACAUGGAUACUAUGUAAUUAGGGAUCUGCCUGUGAGACCCAGACAAACCUCUGCUAACUCAUAACAGUGAUGGUAGCUUACAGUACAAUGUCCCAGACAAACCUCUGCUAACUCAUAACAGUGAUGGUAUCUUACAGUACAAUGCCACCCAAGGCUUUCAUAUCCUAUCUGGAUAUACUGCUGCUUUAAUUGACAUCAGAAUCAAAGGAAGGCAAAGGACAGAUAUUUUAACUGUGAGUUGUUGUAUCUGUAGGGACCUGUUGUAUCUGUAGGGACCUGUUGUAUCUGUAGGGACCUGUUGUAUCUGUAGGGAGCUGUUGUAUCUGUAGGGAGCUGUUGUAUCUUUAGGGACCUGUUGUAUCUGUAGGUACCUGUUGUAUCUGUAGGGACCUGUUGUAUCUGUGGGAGCUGUUGUAUCUGUAGGGAGCUGUUGUAUCUGUAGGGAGCUGUUGUAUCUGUAGGGAGCUGUUGUAUCUGUAGGGAGCUGUUGUAUCUGUAGGGAGCUGUUGUAUCUGUAGGGAGCUGUUGUAUCUGUAGGGAGCUGUUGUAUCUGUAGGGCGCUGUUGUAUCUGUAGGGAGCUGUUGUAUCUGUAGGGAGCUGUUGUAUCUGUAGGGAGCUGUUGUAUCUGUAGGGAGCUGUUGUAUCUGUAGGGAGCUGUUGUAUCUACAGUGAGGGAAAAAAGUAUUUGAUCCCCUGCUGAUUUUGUACGUUUGCCCACUGACAAAGAAAUGAUCAGUCUAUAAUUUUAAUGGUAGGUUUAUUUGAACAGUGAGAGACAGAAUAACAACAACAAAAUCCAGAAAAACGCAUGUAAAAAAUGUUAUAAAUUGAUUUGCAUUUUAAUGAGGGAAAUAAGUAUUUGACCCCCUCUCAAUCAGAAAGAUUUCUGGCUCCCAGGUGUCUUUUAUACAGGUAACGAGCUGAGAUUAGGAGCACACUCUUAAAGGGAGCGCUCCUAAUCUCAGUUUGUUACCUGUAUAAAAGACACCUGUCCACAGAAGCAAUCAAUCAAUCAGAUUACAAACUCUCCACCAUGGCCAAGACCAAAAAGCUCUCCAAGGAUGUCAGGGACAAGAUUGUAGACCUACACAAGGCUGGAAUGGGCUACAAGACCAUCGCCAAGCAGCUUGGUGAGAAGGUGACAACAGUUGGUGCGAUUAUUCGCAAAUGGAAGAAACACAAAAGAACUGUCAAUCUCCCUGGGGCUCCAUGCAAGAUCUCACCUUGUGGAGUUGCAGUGAUCAUGAGAACGGUGAGGAAUCAGCCCAGAACUACACGGGAGGAUCUUAUUUACAUUUACGUCAUUUAGCAGACGCUCUUAUCCAGAGCGACUUACAUGAGCAAUUAGGGUUAAGUGCCUUGCUUAAGGGCACAUCAACAGAUUUUUCACCUAGUCGGCUCGGGGAUUAGAACCAGCGACCUUUCGGUUACUGGCACAACGCUCUUACCCACUAAGCUACCUGCCGCCCAUGGCUAGGCUAUCUACAAUCAAGAUGGAAAUAAUCAAAGAUCUCAAGGCAGCUGGGACCAUAGUCACCAAGAAAACAAUUGGUAACACACUACGCCGUGAAGGACUGAAGUCCUGCAGCGCCUGCAAGGUCCCCCUGCUCAAGAAAGCACAUAUACAGGGCCGUCUGAAGUUUUCCAAUGAACAUCUGAAUGAUUCAGAGGAGAACUGGGUGAAAGUGUUGUGGUCAGAUGAGACCAAAAUCGAGCUUUCUUGCAUCAACUGAACUCGCCGUGUUCGGAGGAGGAGGAAUGCUGCCUAUGACCCCAAGAACACCAUCCCCACUAUCAAACAUGGAGGUGGAAACAUUAUGCUUUGGGGGUGUUUUUCUGCUAAGGGGACAGGACAACUUCACCGCAUCAAAGGGACGAUGGACGGGGCCAUGUACCGUCAAAUCUUGGGUGAGAAUCUUCUUCCCUCAGCCAGGGCAUUGAAAAUGGGUCGUGGAUGGGUAUUCCAGCAUGACAAUGACCCAAAACACAUGGCCAAGGCAACAAAGGAGUGGCUCAAGAAGAAGCACAUUAAAGUCCUGGAGUGGCCUAGCCAGUCUCCAGACCAUAAUCCCAUAGAAAAUCUGUGGAGGGAGCUGAAGGUUCGAGUUGCCAAACAUCAGCCUCGAAACCUUAAUGACUUGGAGAAGAUCUACAAAGAGGAGUGGAACAAAAUCCCUCCUGAGAUGUGUGCAAACCUGGUGGCCAACUACAAGAAAUGUCUGACCUCUGUGAUUGCCAACAAGGGUUUUGCCACCAAGUACUAAGUCAUGUUUUGCAGGGGGGUCAAAUACUUAUUUCCCUCAUUAAAAUGCAAAUCAAUUUAUAACAUUUUUGACAUGCGUCUUUCUGGAUUUUGUUGUUGUUAUUCUGUCUCUCACUGUUCAAAUAAACCUACCAUUAAAAUUAUAGACUGAUCAUGUCUUUGUCAGUGGGCAAACGUACAAAAUCAGCAGGGGAUCAAAUACUUUUUUCCCUCACUGUAUAGGGAGAUGCUGUUGGUCAUGUGUUUGAAGCUGGGCGCUACCACUGUACAGUAUCUCCUGAGCCAAGUGCACAUCUGUUUGUGAAAUGACAGUCACCAUGUUCACAGACUGGCUCCUGGUGAUUAAGGUGGUGACCAAAGCAUAAGUACCAGUCUGUCUACUCCUGACAACAACAAAUACAUGACCAGUAUUUAGGAUUAGCAGUACAGUAUAGAACACAUGUACAGUCCAUACUGGUACACAGUAUGCACGUUGUACUAGAUGUAGACAACAUACUGUUGAUGUCACAGGAGGCUGCUGAGGGGUGGACAGCUCAUAAUAAUGUCUGGAAUGGAGUAAAUGGAAUGGUAUCGAACACGUGUUUGAUACCAUUCCAUUAAUUCCGUUCCAGCCAUUACUAUGAGCCUGUCCUCUCCAAUUAAGGUGCAACCGGCCGCUUGUAGUUGAUGUUUCACAGACUAUAGCUGGUGUACUGUAUAUCUUUCUGUUUAUAUUAUGAGAUACUGUAUGAACUGUUGAACCCAGUAAUAUGAUUUAGUUAGACACACCAUACACAGUAUGGCCAUCCCAUAGGGUCAAAGGUUGAACGUUUAAUCUCUGAUUAAAUAUACAGUCUCCCUCUGUAGGAUUUUCCUCUUAAGUUCCUGCCCGGCUGAACAUCUUAUCCCAUGUGAUAAUUGAUGUUCCUUCAGUUCCAGUGUUUUUUUGGGGGGUAUUGGAGUUAGAGGUCAGAGUUCACUCUGUCCCCCAGGCUCAGAUUCCCCAGAUAGUCCCACUUCCCUUUUCCCAUCCUAUCCUAGGGAAAAGGGACUUCAUCGGAAGACAGCAACAGUCCAGAAUGGUCAGUGUUUGUCGCCAGGAGGCUAGUUCACACUGCUGCCGGGAGCAGUGUUCUCUCCCUGAUGUUACUGUUAUGUGUACUUGGAUAGUUUUCUAUGAAAAUAGCUGGGCACAGACAAAGAAUGUUCUGUAUUUACUGAAGUCUUUUUUUUUUAUUACGUAAGAGUGAAAAGAAUGAGGCUUUUGAAGGCUCAAGUAAAUGAGAAAAUAAUCUUGUUUCAUAUGGUGCCGCUGACUCUAGUUUCAUUUAGCGGUGGCUAAUCUAGACUUAAAAGGGACUCUCUGAUGUGUUGUUAGAGCUAUUUAGUUAGCCAGGAUGAAACCCAAUAUGAGGUAGCUUUGGUAGGUAACAGACAGGGAUGUGAGAAUCUUGUCAAGACAGAUUUGGGACUUUUAACAUCCCUGGGCUUGUGAGACUGGAUGCCAGGGGCCAUCAGGGAUAAUACAGCCUCCAAAGUCUUUUCAUACACUCCCCAGCCAAGCCCAGUCACCAGAGUGGAACUCAUUCUUAAUGUGAGUAAGGUUUAAUAGCCCCUGUAUAAAGAGUAGUUCCUCUCUCCUGCUGUGUCCCACAAUAAGCCUUACAUCUCACAACACUGCCUGCCAGAGACCUGCCAUGACUCGUAGGUUCUCUGCUUGAUACAAUGCACACGUCCAAGCUGUCUCAGUCAUGAUAGAGUAAAGGGGAAAAAACCUAAUCUCAUUUUUUAUUUGCAACAAGCUUACAGUAAUACAGGAUAUGAUCACAUUUGCUAACCCAUUUUACACCUUCUACAUUGUUACUUCAGUAAUUGAUAGUGUCCUGUUGUUACACCCAGAAACUGCAGUCGUGUGGAGAUCUAAGCCCAGGUCAACUCACCGUCCCUCCUCCUCAGAGAAGAGCUAAGUCACUGGACCGCAGGACCUCAGAGUCUGUCAUGACUGUGAGUGGUUGUUACUUUUGGAAUUCCUGUGCACUGAAGGCAUGGGGUCAAGUUGUAAAACAUGUCAGAAAACUGUCACAGUUCAAACAAGGAUGCUCUCAUAAUUCAAACAAGUAUAAAUGAAAGCCCCAAGUGGAUUGACAGCAGUUUACUUUUAUGUUGAAGUGUCUGAAAACAACUGUAUGACCGUGCCUCAUUGGCCUCCUGACUAACUUACUAUCUUAUCUUCCUUGCAGCCUGAUUUGCUGAACUUCAAGAAAGGGUGGAUGAUGAAACUGGAUAAAGGGGAUCAGGUAUAGGAAUGGACAGAUCAAGAAUGUGUUUUACUUCACUUAACACAUUCCCACAUUUCUACCCCAAAGGCACAUGGAUGCUGAAUGUGUGCAUGUACAUUUAGUGAUUUUGAAGGUGCUGUGGGUCCUUACUAUGAAGGUGAAGCCUGACUGUUCAAAUGUAUUAUGUAGGUUUCUGUAUCUACUAUCCCUUAUAAUGUAUUUCUGCUCCCCUCUAGUGGAGGAAAUACUGGUUUGUGCUGUCAGCUGACAGUCUGAGGUACUACAAGGAUUCCCUUGCAGAGGAGGCAAGUUCAUGUUCAUUUUCAUUUUUAUUCAAUGCAGUGCACACAGAGAUGUGAUUUUGUGAUGACAGAGAAACAUGUUGUUGGUAUUUUCUCAUCCCAAGUCUUUUGAAUUGAUGUUUGUCAUCUUCUCUUGUUAGAACUCAGAUCUGGACGGGGAGAUUGACUUGACCAAGUGUCAUAAUGUCUCAGAGUACCAGGUCCAGAGGAACUACGGCUUUCAGAUCCAUGUAAGACUAAAUCUAUAUCUACAAAAAUCUAAAUCAACAGAUGAAUGUUGAUCCAUUCUAUACAUAAGUCUCCUAUACUCAAUCAAAGUAAUAUUCCUAAUAUCUUCCCUCAGACCCAGAAGUGUGUCUUUACUCUGUCAGCCAUGACUGCAGGGAUACGGAGAAACUGGAUCCAGGCCCUCAUGAAGAAUGUCCAUCCAUCUAAAGCUCCUGAUGUAGCCAGGUAAAUGCCAUCUGUCAUACCACCCGCACUACUACAUAGUAAUACAUUAGUAGCCUACCACCAUUCUAUAGUAGUGAUGGGAAGGUCUGUACCUUUGUUUAGGCAGAAUACCUCGUUUCCUCGGUCAGUAAGUAUUUGUAUUAUUCUGUUGUGAUUGUAAAGCAGCUUGCCAGUCCAUCGUAUCCCCUGCAGCCCAUCAGAGUCCCUGGCCCACCCUAAGCCAGACGUGACCCAGGACUCCUCCCCCUCCUCUGAGGUCCCUACAGAGAGAGUCCAGGGCCCCAAACAGAUCCGCAUCCGUGAGAGGAGACGCGAAGGGCGCUCCAAGACCUUUGACUGGGCUGAGUUCAGGCCUAUGGUCCUGCUAGCCUCUGAGCAGGAGGUGCAGCAGGAGGAGACAAAGGAGCCUCUUCAGAUGGAGGUAGGGGACCUGGAGAGGAAGAGGAGGCGAGAGGAGAGGAGGAGGAGGUAUGACAGCAUGCUAGGCUUCCCUAUGAGAGACAUCAGUCCCAGGUCACCCAAGACUCACCAGAGGGUGCAGAGGGAGAUUGAACAAUGCUGGCAGCAGGUGGAGAGGACUGCCUAUAGACAGGAGAAGACUGUUCCAUUGUACACUGAGUCCAAGGGCAAGGAUAAAGAGGAUAUGGGGAUUCUACUGGAGACCUGCAACAGGAGGGUGAGUCUGUGUAUCUCAACAUUAUUCCUAACAGGAACAAUGUUAAAGUUAUGAGAUGCUUUCUCUGCUGCUGGUUGGCUUAACGGUGGACGUACUGUAUCUCUGUGUCUUGUGAUUAAAGGUUGAGGAGUUGAAGGGCCAGUUGGCAGAGUCGGACCAUUGCAGGCUUGAGCUGGAGGCUCAUUUGAGCACUGCAUUAGGACGUCAGCAUCAUGCCUCCCUGCCGGUAAGGCAAAAUAUAUAUUAGCCUAUACACUGAGGGAAAAAAGUAUUUGAUCCCCUGCUGAUUUUGUACGUUUGCCCACUGACAAAGAAAUGAUCAGUCUAUAAUUUUAAUGGUAGGUUUAUUUGAACAGUGAGAGACAGAAUAACAACAAAAAAAUCCAGAAAAACGCAUGUCAAAAAUGUUAUAAAUUGAUUUGCAUUUUAAUGAGGGAAAUAAGUAUUUGACCCCUCUGCAAAACAUGACUUAGUACUUGGUGGCAAAACCCUUUUUGGCAAUCACAGAGGUCAGACGUUUCUUGUAGUUGGCCACCAGGUUUGCACACAUCUCAGAAGGGAUUUUGUCCCACUCCUCUUUGCAGAUCUUCUCCAAGUCAUUAAGGUUUUGAGGCUGACGUUUGGCAACUCGAACCUUCAGCUCCCUCCACAGAUUUUCUAUGGGAUUAAGGUCUGAAGACUGGCUAGGCCACUCCAGGACCUUAAUGUGCUUCUUCUUGAGCCACUCCUUUGUUGCCUUGGCCGUAUGUUUUGGGUCAUUGUCAUGCUGGAAUACCCAUCCACGACCCAUUUUCAAUGCCCUGGCUGAGGGAAGGAGGUUCUCACCCAAGAUUUGACGGUACAUGGCCCCGUCCAUCGUCCCUUUGAUGCGGUGAAGUUGUCCUGUCCCCUUAGCAGAAAAACACCCCCAAAGCAUAACGUUUCCACCUCCAUGUUUGACGGUGGGGAUGGUGUUCUUGGGGUCAUAAGCAGCAUUCCUCCUCCUCCAAACACGGCGUGUUGAGUUGAUGCCAAAGAGCUCAAUUUUGGUCUCAUCUGACCACAACACUUUUACCCAGUUCCCCUCUGAAUCAUUCAGAUGUUCAUUGGCAAACUUCAGAUGGGCCUGUAUAUGUGCUUUCUUGAGCAGGGGGACCUUGAGGGCGCUGCAGGAUUUCAGUCCUUCACGGCGUAGUGUGUUACCAAUUGUUUUCUUGGUGACUAUGGUCCCAGCUGCCUUGAGAUCAUUGACAAGAUCCUCCCGUGUAGUUCUGGGCUGAUUCCUCACCGUUCUCAUGAUCAUUGCAACUCCACGAGGUGAGAUCUUGCAUGGAGCCCCAAGCCGAGGGAGAUUGACAGUUCUUUUGUAUUUCUUCCAUUUGCGAAUAAUCGCACCAACUGUUGUCACCUUCUCACCAAGCUGCUUGGCGAUUGUCUUGUAGCCCAUUCCAGCCUUGUGUAGGUCUACAAUCUUGUCCCUGACAUCCUUGGAGAGCUCUUUGGUCUUGGCCAUGGUGGAGAGUUUGGAAUCUGAUUGAUUGAUUGCUUCUGUGGACAGGUGUCUUUUAUACAGGUAACAAACUGAGAUUAAGAGCACUCCCUUUAAGAGUGUGCUCCUAAUCUCAGCUCGUUACCUGUAUAAAAGACACCUGGGAGCCAGAAAUCUUUCUGAUUGAGAGGGGGUCAAAUACUUAUUUCCCUAAUUAAAAUGCAAAUCAAUUUAUAACAUUUUUGACAUGCGUUUUUCUGGAUUCUUUUGUUGUUAUUCUGUCUCUCACUGUUCAAAUAAACCUACCAUUAAAAUUAUAGACUGAUCAUUUCUUUGUCAGUGGGCAAACGUACAAAAUCAGCAGGGGAUCAAAUACUUUUUUCCCUCACUGUACAUAGUAUAGAUAUGCUCUAUAUUUCCAUCUAAAAUACUUCCACUUUUCAACAAUGAUAACUACCUAAUUAUACAUUAUUGUCUUGUCUCUUCCUGUAAGCUUGAGGCCCUGUUGUGCCCAGAAGCUGAUCUUCCCUCUUUGAAAAGCCUGACUGACAUGUACAGGGAGACCAGAGAGCUCCUCCAGCAACAGGAGCUGAAGAGACAGAACAUACAGGAGCAGCUUGGCCUGUCCCUGUCAUCAGGCCCUCUGGAGAAACACAGCUCCCCUGGAACUCACCCAUCACCACCACCCAGCAUCUGGCUGCAUGGUACCGAGGGAUACCUCCAGGAGCUGGAGAAUCUGUUCCCUGACUGCUCUAUAUCAGUAAACACACCUGUCAUGUCACCAACCUCAGACACAGAACUCUCAUCUGACUCUGUGCCUCAGAAUGGAAGUGAGAACAGAGAGCCUAACUCGGGCAGUGAAACCAGCUCUCAGAGACAGUUUGAAAACGGAAGCCAUCAACAGACAUCGAUUCCAGAAUCGCACACAAAGAGUUGUGCAUGGAGCCCAGAUUCACUGAGCAUGGAGGAAACUCAGGAAAGCCUCAACAGCAUGACAAUAGACAACCUGCUAUGCUCUGAGACACCCAGGCCCACGGAGGAGUACGUAGACCCAGACCAGGCCAUCGUGAUGAGGAGACUAUCCCAGGAGGUAGAGCUGCUCAGCAGCCAGAACGAGGCCCUCAACCAGCGCAACCAGGAGAUGCUCAACCAGCUGACAGAGGCAGACAGAGAGAUAGAGAGACUGAAAGCAGAGCUUAUCACUCAGUACAGUGGGCCCCAGUUCCUCCCUGAGGUGGAGCAGCACAGCCAGGCCAAAGUGGAGGGCCUGGAAAAGGAGCUGCGCAGGAGAGAUCAGCAGCUCCAGGAGGCCCAGUCCCUACUAGCCUCAAUGGACCAGCGUCUGAAGGAGACAGAGGUACAGCUGCAGCUCAGGAAGGUCACUUUCAAAGGCCUGGGCUUCCCAGCAGAAGAGGAGGAGGAAGAUGAGGAUGAAGAGGAGGAAGCUGGGGAGGAGAAUAUCAACACACACCACCUUGGAGAGAAGGAGCGGGAACACCUUCAACAGUGUCUGCAGGCCAUGGAGGCCAAGCAAUUAGAGCUAGAGAGACAGCUCCAGCACACAGAACAGACCUGCAGGGAGCUGCAGGCCCACAACACAGAACUCAGAGAGGCUGAGAGGUUGUACACCCAGAGAGCCAUGGAGGCAGAGGCUGACAUCGUAAGGUUUAAUGAGGAAGUAGAGAAGGUAAGGACGGUGGAGAAAGAAAGUGGAUUGAGGUGUAGCAGUGAAGGCAAAUGGCAGGAGGAGGUAAUAUUGGUUUCAGGUGAAGAAAGGGUUCAGCAAGUGGUGGAAGGGAUCAUGUUGAUGUCCAGAACCUUAGGGAGAGUAGCGCAGGUGAUUGACAGGUCAGAUAUGAAUGUGGUAAAGGUGCCAUUAGAUAGAAAGUGUUUGGAGGUGAACCAGACAGUAGUCAGGCAGUUUCACUUAGAGGAGGAGUUUUGGGGAAGGCUGUUGAACGGUUUGAAGGUCAACCCAUCUCAGUCCAAUGAGGAUAAACUCACAGAUAUGAUUCUAAGUCAGAUUUUAGAACAGAUGGUAGUGGAAAAGCAAAUGCUCCUCCUAGCUCAUAGUCUUUUCUCUCAUAAUAAGAAAGAUUUAAACACAGACACUGGAGGCCUGGACAGGAUGAAUAUGAUGCAGGUCUUUGAGAGACCUGGACAUAAUUGGAAACAUAGCAGGUGAAAAAGGUUCAGAAAUGAAAGAGGAAGGAUGAUGAGAGGAUAUCGAAUGUGUACAACCAGCAUAAUGACACUGAUGACUUCAUAAGCCGACAUUUCACAGAGAUCACACAGGAGAGAAUUUUCCUGCUCAACCAAAUCGCCUCCUCAGUCGGAGCCUCAGCCAAUGAUGAGCUCCAGUCCCUGGCACAAAGACUUUGUCAUUUCCACAAUGUAAAUGAGCCCCGGUUAGCUUCCAUACACUGCACCGCCAUGGAAGCCUUCUCAUCCUAUCGUCUCAGUAGGCUUAACACUCUACACAAGAGCCAACUUCAAGAGACUCAACAGGGACUGCUCAUUGCUUCUCCUUUGAUGUGCAGCAGAUGUGCUGGGCUGCUGAGUGAAAACCAGCAGCUUGGGGCCAGACAGUCAGACCUGGAGAGACAGUGGAGUUCCUCAGUGGGAUUAGGGAUGACCACCCUGAGGCAGGGAGAACACAUAGACUCACAGCAAACAGACACAAAGCUACUAGACACUGCAAGUGAGCAGAAGACAGAGACGCCUGCAAUAAAUGCUGCAGGUAAAAUGGAGGUGGAAAGCCCAAACCAGGGAGUGACUGCAGUAGAGGAAGUGUGCAGGGUUAGAAGGUGUGCGGAAGUGGUGGAGGGUGACUACCUGACCAAUAGCAUGGAGAGUCCAAUGAUAAAGGUGGAGAGUAAGCUAGAUGAGGUAGAGAAAGGAAUCCAGGAAGUUGAUACUGAUAAGGAUGUAGAGGAGAGGAGCACUGCUGAACCCCAUGAAGAAGCAAACACUCUGGGGGAAGAGGAGCUGGAGGUUGUGUUAUCAUCACUGAGACGUCGUGUGAAGGAUCUGGAGGAGCAGCUGUCUGUCAUGGCCGACAUUAAAGCAGAGCAUGAUGGGAGAAUGGCGUCUCUCCAGCUGAAACAUAAGGAGGACAUAGAAAAGCUAAAGGUAGGACAACGCCCAUAAUAACAAUUGUCAAUAAUCAUCAAUGGGAUUUUUGGUAGUUCCUGAAUUCACAAGAAUUAAGAUGUAAUGAACCAACCCCAGGGAGUAGAGUGACCAUUAUGACAAUGGAUCUGUGGAUGAAUCACCUAACAGUCCACUGCGUCUGUUGUCCCCAGGCCACAUAUGAGCAUGGCUUUGUCACCAUGGAGGAGUCCCAGCAGAGGAUCCUGGGGGAGCUGCAACACAGACACCAGCAGGACCUGCAGCGCCUGCAGAUAGACACAGACAGACUGCUGGAGGAGGAGACGGCUGCCACUAUCACAGGUGAGGGGGGCAGUGUGUGUGUGUGUGUGUUGUGUGUUUAAAGGUUAAACGUUUUUAGGUUAUUUACAGUAUGUGUUAAGGCAGAGUUUCUCAGAAUAUUGAUAAGCUCACAUUCCCAUGCCACACUAAUGGACUGAACAUAUCCCCUUUUAUUGUGGCAUUAGCAAUUGAAGCAAUGAAGAACGCUCACCGUGCCGAACUCAAGAGAGAAUUACAGAGGGCAUGCCAUGAAAACAACAAUGCAGGAGACGUGAAUCUUGGAGAAAUAUGCAGGCAACACAGGUAAAUGUACUACCUGUUGAGCUAUGUGGUUGCAAAUCAUCAAGGAAAGCACAUGGCCAGAUAGUACACUGGAUUGGCUGAUAAACACUGAGUUUUGGACUGAUAAUCUUAUGGCUGCUGGGCAGUGUGGCACAUGCAUACUACCUGUCCUUGGCUCUGUAUCUGUCUGUCUGUAUCUGAACACACAGUGCACCUUGUGUCUAGUCUUGGCCGUGGUUUUCAGUUCACAGGAUCGUGUUUUUUUGUGUGUGCACCUGUGUGUGUGUAGUGAGGAGCUGGCCUCCUGUCACAGGGAGCUGGAUGUGUUGUCCCAGCAGUACUCUCUAAAGUGUCUGGAGAGCUCCCAUUUAGGUCCAGGCCCUGGAGGCAGAGAGACAGGCUCUGUGUCAGUGUCAGCAGGAGAACCAGGACCUCAGGACUCGCAACCAGGUCAGUCACAUUGUGACCAUGUACCCAUCACAAAUGUUUCUGCUCCAAGCCAACUAAAUCGGCUGCCGGGUCCUCUGUCUUAACACACAUACUGGAAUGCAUAACGCAUACUGUUAUAAACUUCAUAUCAGUCUGUUACAAUACUCUGCAACAAAACCUUGAGGGUCCAAUUUUGUCUUUGUCAUCAAAUACAAAGUAGCAGUGUUAGUCAUGAUGACUGUGGUUGUCUUUCCAGGAGUUGAGUGGCCAUCUAGCUGCAGAGAUCACCAGACUGUGCUCUCUGGCUAAGCAGGACGCCUUCCCUCUUAGUCAGGAGAGAGAUGUGUAUGAGCUGGAGGUAAGUCUUCAAUAGUACUUCACUGUACAAUACCUAUUUCUGAUGUUGCUUAAGUAUUUUAAAAAAUGUUGGAUAUAAUCUUUAUCUAGUCCAGUCAAGUAAAGUUUGAUGUAAAUUGUAUGUGCCGUUGACUGGUAACGCCACUAGAUGUCACCCUUAACAACAUGACCAACUUACAACCUCUAAAACAUAUGACAUACUCAUGUGCUGUACAUUCUGUGCUGAUCUAUGGCACCUUGGUCUUCUGGUAUUGUAUCUGUGUCUGGGGCAUCAACUGUGAUUCUGUGACUGUUAGAUCACCCUGCGUGUGAAGGAGUCAGAGGUGCAGUGCCUCAAGCAGAAGAUCACCUCGCUCAAGGACGAACUCCAGACAGCCCACAGGGUGAGAGCACAACACAAUACACACUGACAGAAUAACAAUAGCCUCUGUCUGUAUAAAUGUAUGAAGAGUAGACAUAAGAUGGACAACAUACUAUUGUCAUGCUAUUACCAUGUAUUACUGUACAUUUAUUAGCAUGGGUCAUACUCUAUUUAUCCUGGUAAUAGUGCCUGGUUAUAACCUAAUCCCUGUUCCCCGCAGGAUAAGAGGUAUGCGACAGAGACGUACAAGGACAUCUACACAGAGCUGAGCAUCAUGAGGGCCAAGGCAGAGAGAGACCUGGGACAGCUCAGGGAGAACCUGAGGCUGGCCCACAAAGCACUGGGAGAGCUCUCACCUGCAGUGGACACAGAUAAUAAUGGUAUACAUGACAUUAUACUGGUGGCCCUGCCUUCAGGGAUUCAGAGAUGA